AUGAGCAAAGGAAGAAUGACUACAAAGCCUCAUGAGGCCUCCAGGCACCGUAUUGCUGUUCUGGGAGUCACUGGAGCGGGCAAGACGACCUUCAUCUCUCAAGCCACUGGAAGAGACGACCUCGAAAUCGGGCACUCUCUCGCGUCAUGUACGAAGGACAUCAAGCCCUACGAAAUGUACCUAGAUGGAGAACUAGUCCAGCUGAUCGACACGCCGGGAUUUGACGACACCUAUCAAAGCGACGCAGACAUCCUAGGGCUCCUGGCGCAAUGGCUGUUCGCGAACUACCUAGAAGGCGUCCUGAUAACCGGCGUCAUCCUUCUGCAUCCCGUCUCUGCUAAUCGUAUCUACGGAAGCGAGUGGUCGCGCUUGCGCCUUUUCGAGGAUAUCUGCGGCGCUGAUGCAUGGUCGAGAGCCGUCAUUGCGACGACCAUGUGGGAUGAGAUCAGUUCCUACGAGAGCGGAUCCGUGAGAGUGCAGGAGCGUAUGAGUUCGCCAGAGUGUUGGGGAGAAAUGCACACCGAAUUGUUUCAAUGCUAUGUGGGGGGGAGUCCAAGCCUGUACCGCUAUUGA